AUGUUGGUGGUCCUGGCGACGGUGAUGGCGGCAACGCCCCGCUUCGAUGACCGCAUCGCGGGAUUCAAACAACAAGCCAAAGAUCAAGACAGGAAGCUUCGAGAGGAGAUCACAAACGUGACCAACAAUCUGACACGAGCCAACACAGAGCUCUCUACCGCUAACAACGAGCUAGAGCGCCAGCUCAAGGCUGCCCACGACGUCCAGCAGGAUGCAGUGCGACAGGCGACAGAGUACGCCGAGAAGAAGGCGAGAGUUCAGGUCAGCAUGCGUGACUUUUUGCAAGCCAAGAUUAAAGCCAUCAAAAAAGCCGUGCUAAAGACGCCAAACAAGUCAAUCAAGGAGAUCAGGGAAGUUGUAGACAAGGUUUGCCCGGCUCCAGCAGCAGCAGCAGUAAAGCCGGUGCAGCGCACUUGA